UAAGGAGUCUUUUGGAACCGUAGUUGCAUGAAAAUACACACACUCACACUCACACACAACAUGAAAGCAAAAGAAUUGUGUCGUAUUGGGACCUUUCUCCGUAUAAAGCAAAGGUUUGCCUCCAUUCCACACCAGCUAAGCCCCCCUCUCUCAGUUCGAGAAAGUGCAACAUAACAUAAUCCCUCCAACCUAUAAAGAAAACCAACCACACCCUUAAUCCUUUGCAGUAAAAAAAGUCCCUUCCCUUAACUCACCCUCCCCUCUCUCCCUCUUCAAUCUUCUCUUGUCUUCUUCCUAGCCAGUUUCACUUCAAUCAUCACGCAAUCAUAGCCUUUUCUGUUUUUCUUUUCUCUUCAUCAUCUAUGUCAUAGCCUUCUUCAUUCCUCACAUGACAUAAAACACAUACACAUAAUUACGAACAAAGACUUGCAUAUGGGUAGUACUAGUACUAGUAGUUGUAGUUUUUUCCUUCCAAGGUUCCUUCGACCACUAGCAGUGGUGGGGCUUGUUUGUCUUCUUGUUUUGGGAAGCUUAUUAGGUAGUGGUGAAGGAACAAGACAAGCAACUACAAAAUGGUCUGAAGAAAGAGUCAAGCAUGAGCCAGUGGUGGGUAGAGAUAAGCCUGUCAACCGUGCUGAAUUGGACUUCAACUACAUGAGCAAAAGAAGAGUUCCCAAUGGACCAGAUCCUAUUCAUAACAGGAGAGCUGGAAAUUCUGGGCGACCUCCUGGCCAAGCUUAGUAACAAGGGAGAUAGACAAGCUUCAGCAACCAUGCAGAAGAUGACACAAUAUGUUAGCCAUUUACUUGUGAGAACUGAGAGUAACUUCAUACAUAUAUCCUUGACCCUGAGCUUCUUAGAAUUCUAGCUUGCAAGCAAGGGCUAAUCUCUAACUUGCGGUAAUUAAUUUGUUAUGGGAAGAGUUAUUGUGGCCUAAAGAGGGGGGGAAAGAAAAGUAAGGAAGCUUGUCCCACAGAAAAUAACCUCAAAAGAUAGUUUGAUCAGUUUCUACUGAAACUGCAAUUUAGAGCCAGCUUGAAUACAACUCAGAAGCAUUUUUUAAGAGUUUCUCUAUUGAAAAAAAGAAUUCAGUAAAAAAAACUCUUAAAAAUUCUUUUAAGCUUGUAUCCAAACAUGUGAUUAGUUAGUGUUUUUUGUUUUUGAACUUGUGAUAUGAGAGGAUGGGGGGGCAGUGUCACAAAUUUCAAUGGAAUGGAGAUCAGUGCUUGCAUGUAAAGCAAUUAACGUACCUUUAAAGUUUAAAAGCCAGAAAGAUGUUGUAGCAACAACAGCAGCCAUGCAUGCUUUUGGAGGGACUAUACUUGUAUGUUAGGGAAAAAAAAAAAAAAAAAGAGUCUUGGCUUUGGUUUG